UCCUUGCCUCUCGUUCUCCUGUUAAUAACAUCCUUUGUCCCUUCCGUAAUUCUGUCACUGAGGACAUCGACCAUCUCUUCAUACAAUGUCCUUUCACUUCCAUCAUUUGGGCCACUUUGGAUAUACCUAUUCGAGUCUCUGGUCUUGCUCGUUCUGCUAUGACUGAUUGAUUAAAUUACUCACUGGCAUUGACAAAUAUUUGAACAUCCCCAGUGAAUUUCAGCACAGGUUCCUGCCUCAGUCUAUGGUCUGCCUGGACUACUUAUGGCAGCUUCGGAAUAGUUUGUGCAUCUCAAAAGACUACCCUAAUCCUUAACAAGCUUUAGGUAAAAUAUGCGAAGAUCGAGAGCGUACGAAGAGGCUUGGUUGCACAAGUCUUCUUUCUCGAAGGCUCCUGCACGGAAGCUCCCUUCACAGCUUCUGGUUUUCUCCUUUGAUGUGGCUAUUACACACAAUGCUUCAUAUCUUGCGAUUGCUUGUACUGGUGGCAGGGGCAACCUCAGAUAUGCUUGGUGCUUCCAAACUUAGAAGACUGCCCCCGACUAUCGGGGAAGCAGAGGCAGCUCUGCUAUCAGGAGAUAUCACUACUCAAGCUGUCCUUUCCGCUGGAGGAGGAGUCCAGGGAAACACUGGUUUGCUACCAGCGACUAAUGUCACAGCUGUUGUCUCUCCACUGACGGUGACACCGUCCGAUGGCUCAGUCUUGCGACUUACCGAAUGCAAGCUGAAUGAAGAAAAUUAUCUCAAGUGGUCUCGACCUGAAAGUGGCUUCAACCAGGCCAAUGCAGUGCAGACAUCGCAAAAUUCCAACCAGUCCUUCACGGGAUUGCCUCUCUACAACUUCAGCGGCUCCUUUCCUUAGCCGGGCCCGAUGAAGAGAGUGAAACUCAGACUGGUAAACGUUACAAUUUUAUUCGUUGCAAUGAACAAUGGAUUAUAGACACUAGGGCUUCAAGGCAUAUGACCGGUUGCUCUCGUUUAUUAUUUGAUUCAUCCUUCUUACAAGGUGAUUCAUCGGUUUUCAUCCCCAAUGGAGAAUUUGUGCAAGCUACACGUAAAGGCAGUGUGCGGCUUGGGGAUAAUUUCUUAUUGUCUGAAGUUCUAUUAGUCCCGGAUUUUGAUUGUAACUUGAUAUCGGUUGCUCGAUUAUCAGAAGAGAUGAAUUGUCGGAUAAUAUUUUCUUCUGAGCUAUGUCUUAUUUAGGACCGUGGGUCGAAGAGGAUGAUUGGAGUCGGUGAGCUCACCAGGGGGGUCUAUCUUCUUCGUUAUAUUGCUCAAACUCGCGAGAUAAAUAAAGUGGCGGCAAUCAAAGAAAAUAAUGUAUGGCAUAGAAGGCUUGGACAUCCAUCUCCAUGCAUCUCCAUUCCCGGGUUGCUGUUAGAGAGUAGCAUGAAUACAGAUUGUGAGGUUUGCCAUAAAGCCAAGCAAACUCGAUCUACAUUUCUGAAAAGUUUGAAUAA